CGCGCCGCGGAGCCGAAGUCGCAAUGAGCCGUGUCCUGUGUGCGCCGGCGGCCGGGGCCGUCCGGGGGCUGAGGCUCGUGGGCUGGGCUUCCCGAAGCCUGCAUCCGCCGCCCGGUGGCCGGGCCCGGGCCCAGUCCGCGGGCGACGGGGAGGAGGACGACCCUGACCGCCCGGUUCAGUUUUCCUCCAGCAGAGGCAUCCCGUUACGCUGGAGUGUGGAGCACUCCCUGGGGAAGGGACAUCAGCGGCCCUGGUGGAAAGUGCUGCCCUUGAGCCUCUCCCUCAUGGUUCUGGUCAUCUGGUUCUACCUGAGGCCGGAGAGCGACGCGGACCAGUGGUUGAGACAAGCGCUGGGAGAAGAGGCGCCGGAGCCCAGUGAUUCUGCUGAGGAGCCUGGAACUGAGGCUGCCUACGGGGCGAGGACUUAACGCGGUGCCCGCGGGGCUAGCAGGGAGGGAACAGGCAGCCGCCCUUCGGAUUCGAUGUCGCGUUUGACCGAGACCGUUUCUGCCCCGGUAAUGCGUGCGUCUUCAGCGCUGAAGGAUUUGGAUGGCGCACUUGGCCGCGUUGAUGCCCAUGGAGGCCGAGCAGGAUGUCACCAGAUCGGAACCUGCUCCUUGCCUGACGCUUGACGCCCAGCGACUCCAUCCACAAGACUUUUCAGAGCCGUAGGAAAGGUUUUACUUGCACCGUGUGCUGUUGGGUUUGUGAUGUCUUCGUACAGCGUAGUCACGUUUCCAGAGCACUUCUUGUCAUUUGCUUUGUGAGACAGACUAACUGGCAGAAGUGUUAGCCUUUAUUUUAUAAUGUACUGUGUUGUGUGUAAAUAAUAUCUAUUGAUGUUUUACACACUAACAAAUUGAAAAUAAACUUUGAUUUUAUAAUACAGAAUUAAGACGAUUCCCUUUUC